AUGGCCAAGGGCGCUGUCAAUGAUUCGUCGACCGAGGUCGUCGAGUUGGGCAACCUCAGAAGCUCGCCGGAGCGAUCACCUUCCAGCAAUGAAGACCCCGUUGUCAAGAUCGGACACAAGCCGACGGUACCACGAACGCUCGACAAACUCAUCGGUUUAAUCGGGGUCAACAGCAGCGUCGUUUGUCCAUGGCCUAAUUUCUACUUCGUCGCUGCACUCAAUCUUGGUAAUGGCGGUAGCCUUGGACUUCUGGUAGGCACCAUUGCUGCUACAGUUGGUAUGGCUCCGGUGUACCUUAGUCUGGCUGAGAAGAUGAGGAAAUAUCCUACCGCUGGAGGACAAUACCACUGGGAUGCAGCCCUGGCGCCUCCAAGCAUACGAAAGAGUCUGAGCUACAUGUGUUGCUGCAUCCUUACCUUCACAUGGUUGACCUUCUUGGGCGCCGCCGCCUGGCUGUUCGGUCUCGAUGUCUCCGCCAUCUAUCUGCUACACACUGGUGAAUACCAUACUUGGAUCACAUUCGUUGCGGCAGUUUGCGUCCAGCUCUUCGCCUUGCUGGUCAAUGUGACCUGGGGAAAACACAUGAAUCUACCGGAAACGCUGGUACUUGUCGUUCACAUUGUAGCGUUCCUGCUGCUCCUGAGUCUUUUAGCUUUCGCGCACUCUACGGGCACGGUCACCUCCGAUUUCACGAUAACUUCCGCCACGGGCUGGAGUCCAAGUUUCGCUGCGCUGCUUAGCGUGUUGUAUGCGACGAAUUCACUCGCCGGGUUUGACUGCGCGGCACACAUUGCCGAAGACACCGUGGAUGCAGGCCGCCGGAUCCCAAAGUCUCUGCUCUGGUCUACUUCCGCAAAUGCUCUCCUCUGCAUCGUUGUCGCUCUUUUGAUAUGCCUUACGGCAGGAGACGUCAAUGCCCUCUUUGCAGGACCGUACGGCGGAUCACUUCACCCCAUUGGAAGCAUUAUUCAGUUGGCCGCGAAUGCUGCUCGUGGGAACACCGCUCUCGCCAGCGCCCCCUUCGGCCUAAUCCUGCCCAUCAUCAUCAUGUGCUGCAUCAAUACUACAGCCGCAGCAAGCCGUAUGGUUUUCAGCUUCAUUCGAGACGACCGCAACCCCGUGGUGCAGAGAUGGAUGGCUUCGGACCUCGAGAAAGAACAAGUGCCCCGGAUCACGAUUGUGCUUACUGCGUUGUCGCCCAUGAUCUGGCUAUGGCUCAACUUUGUGUCUUCGGCAGGCUUUCUCGCGCUCGGCUCGCAAGUCACGCUUUCGUUGGCAUCCACCUACAUGCUAGCACUCUCUUGCUCUCUGUACUCGCGAUUCUACCAUCCCGACCUAUUGGGGGCUGAGAGCAACGGCAUCUUUCAGCUCGGAAAGUUUUGGGGCAGCGUAUGCGACACGGUCGGUCUCUGCUUUCUGUCGCUGGUCUGGGUCCUUGCUUGGUUUCCUUUCACCACACCGGUCGAUGUUGCUGGUAUCAACUAUGCACCAAUCAUUGUUGCUGGAGUCGUCUUUCUUGGGAUGCUUUAUUAUGCCACAUACAGUCACAAAAACUACCGGAACCCGUCGCCAGAUGAGAGCGGCAACUACCACGCAUAG